AUGAUUGUUUCUAAUUUUUGCGGGAAAUUAAUGAUCUUCAUGUAUACAGUUAUCUAUCUACGGUUUAUGAAGGACCAAACGAUAACUAUUGCCCUAAGUUCAUUGAUUCUUAUGUUUUUCAGCUACCUGUCACAUUCUCUUUUGAUAGUAUACCAUGCAGAAUUGACAGAGAAUCAUGAAGAAAUGCGGACGAUUAUGUUGAGAAAUUUCAGGGGACUACAAGUGUUAUUGUUGCUAGAGACCGUUGCAUCGGUGGCGUACCAUUCUGUAAUAAAUAUAGAACGGGACGUGUGUCGGUGGAAAUAUGGCUACUGGUUCACGCAAUUCAUUGGUGAUCUGCAAUGUGGGAAAGGUGGUCGGGCAAUGUUAUUGUUCUUAGAUUUGACAUUUACGUUUCUGCUCCUAACAUCCAUCACUUACAUGAGUACUAACGUUGAACUCAAUACUGUUGAUUUCAAAGUUAGUGUAUCUGCACUAAACGUGGAUGAAUGGGGGAUACUAAGCUUGCUAAAGAUGAAGUCCUUGGAUAUGGACGCCAGUAUCUUGAAAAUCACGCUAGACGAGUUCAACGUCGAUCUUGGUGACUCUUAUGCUAACUAUAAUUCCAUGGAAGUAAUGGAUUCAGAUUGA